UUCGAAAGUAGUGGUCGAAGAUGUCGGCAUUUGAGGGCCCGUUAAACGUGCUCGGUCAGAGAACGACGGGAGACUCCGUCCGGACACAAAAUGUCAUGGCCGCAGCAUCCAUCGCUAACAUCGUCAAGAGCUCUCUUGGCCCGGUCGGGCUCGAUAAGAUGUUGGUUGAUGAUAUUGGCGACGUGACCAUCACUAAUGACGGAGCCACCAUCCUGAAGCUGCUGGAGGUGGAGCACCCUGCCGCUAAGGUCCUGUGUGAGCUGGCAGACCUUCAGGACAAAGAAGUUGGAGAUGGCACUACCUCUGUGGUGAUCAUUGCUGCAGAGUUGCUGAAGAGUGCAGACGAGCUGGUAAAACAGAAAAUCCACCCUACUUCCAUCAUUAGUGGAUACAGACUGGCCUGCAAGGAGGCUGUUCGAUACAUCAACGAGAACCUGACCAUUAGCACAGAUGACCUGGGCCGUGACUGUCUGGUCAACGCUGCUAAGACCUCCAUGUCCUCCAAGAUCAUCGGAGUUGAUGCAGACUUCUUUGCCAAUAUGGUGGUGGACGCAGCGUUGGCUGUGAAGUUUGUGGAUGGCAAGGGCGUGCCCCGUUACCCCAUCAACUCAGUCAACGUGCUGAAAGCCCACGGGAAGAGUCAAAAAGAGAGCUUCCUUGUCAAUGGAUAUGCCCUCAACUGCACCGUGGGCUCUCAAGGUAUGGUGAAGCGUGUGGUCAAUGCCAAGGUGGCCUGUCUGGACUUCAGUCUUCAGAAGACCAAGAUGAAACUGGGAGUGCAGGUGGUCAUCAGUGACCCAGAGAAACUUGACCAGAUCAGGCAAAGGGAGUCUGACAUCACUAAGGAGCGAAUUCAGAAGAUUCUGGCUGCAGGAGCCAAUGUGGUCCUGACCACUGGGGGCAUUGAUGACAUGUGCCUGAAGUACUUUGUGGACAGUGGAGCCAUGGCCGUCAGAAGGGUGCUCAAGAGGGACCUCAAGCGCAUCGCCAAGGCAACUGGAGCCACCAUCUGCCCAUCACUGUCUAAUCUGGAGGGAGAGGAGACGUUUGAGGCGUCCAUGCUGGGGCAGGCAGAGGAGGUGGUGCAGGAGCGAGUGUGUGAUGAUGAACUCAUCCUUAUCAAAAAUACCAAGGCCCGUACGUCGGCGUCUAUAAUCCUGCGUGGAGCGAACGACUUCAUGUGUGACGAGAUGGAACGCUCUCUGCAUGACGCCCUGUGUGUGGUCAAGAGAGUGCUAGAGUCCAAGUCAGUGGUGCCAGGAGGGGGCGCUGUAGAAGCUGCACUGUCCAUAUAUUUGGAGAACUAUGCCACGAGCAUGGGCUCACGUGAGCAGCUGGCGAUAGCUGAGUUUGCUCGCUCUCUGCUGGUAAUCCCCAAAACGCUAGCUGUAAACGCAGCACAGGACUCCACUGACCUGGUGGCCAAACUACGGGCUUUCCACAAUGAGGCCCAAGUCAACCCUGAACGCAAGAACCUGAAAUGGAUUGGUCUUGAUUUGGUGAAUGGGAAACCUAGAGAUAAUAAACAGGCCGGAGUCUAUGAGCCAACCAUGGUUAAAACGAAAAGCCUGAAGUUUGCCACGGAAGCCGCCAUCACCAUCCUUCGUAUCGAUGACCUUAUCAAGCUCUUCCCUGAUCAGAAAGAGGGCGGACCCUCCUACCAGGACGCUGUCCAGUCGGGAUCUCUGGAGGAGUAAAGUCACCUGUCAACUCUCCUGGAUUUGUUAGUGUAUUUAUAUAAAAACAACCCAGAGCUUGGCUGUCCUAGUGUAGAUGCUGCACUUUGCUUGUGUUACGUUUCGUUUUUCUUUUGCUGCCAUGGUGACAUUGCCAUGGGAUCUGUAACAAACGACUGACUGUUUUUGGACACUUAAGGAGAAUAAACCCAGAUGGUUGUAAUUAA